AUGACUUCCUCCGACGGCAUCCCACCCCCAGAAGUCCGCACCCGCAUCCUCAACAUGUCCUCGCGACGGGCCCUCAUAAGCAAUGAGCGCGGUACCAACCAUCUGAGCCACUACGACAGCACAGUAACCUACGACGACCACUACUGGUACAUCAAGCCGGGCAAAGACGAGAACGCCGGCCUCUACCUCAUCGUAAGCGCCUACACGGGCCGCGCCCUCUGGGCAAACCACCGCAACGGCGCAAACGGCGGAAACGGCGAGGUAGGCACCUGCGACCCGCCAGGUUCAUACCCAGACCAAUACUUCGACCUCGCACAGACCCAAGGCACGGGCGUGCGAAACAAGCAGUUCCGUCUGCACUCCCCUGCGGGAAAUGGCAAUGUCUUCUCGAGGACUCAUAGUAAGCCUGAACUAGGUUGUUUGUCGGACUCGGACAAGAUCUACGACGACCACUGGUUCACGUUCGAGAUGGAGCCGUUGAAGUUCGUCAGGAUCGACUAUGACGAGCAGCAUCCGGAGAUCCUCACGUCGCCCCGCCCCAAGGAAAUAGCCCAGCAAACAGCGAUGAACCAUUUGGAUAUUGAGACGACGCAGGAAGUGACGAUUAGCAAGGAGACGGAAAUCCAGUCGACCUUCACUUCGGAGGUUGGGCUUUCUGUCACGGCUUCGGUCGAGUUCAGUUGCGGGGUGCCGCUGAUUGCGGAGGGCAAGGUGGGCCUUAGUACGACGCUAGAUACGAGGAUGUCGUGGGGCACUACGAAUAUCACGAAGCAGAAGUGGGAGGCGAAGGUGGUGCUCAAGUGCCCGCCCAAGUCGGCUACGAUUUGCACGGCUUCGGUGGUGGAGACUAGGUUUCGCAUGCCGUUUGUGUCAUACUGGAAGACGGAGGAGGGGGGGAAGGAAGUGAAGCUCAAGGGCGUUUAUGAGGGGCAGAGUUGUGCUAGUUUGAGCACUGUGUCUUCGUAUGGCGACUACGUGGCCGAGAAGAAGAAGGCCGAGAACAAGUGA